AUGUCCUCGAAAUCGAUUGAAACCCGUUACUACGAGGGCUGCGGCCGCAUUGGCCCCAUACGGUGCAUAUUUUUGAGUGAAUUUCAUCCUGUGGCUGGUCCAAAAAUUGUUUGCCAGUUCCCAGAAGACAAUGUAUCAAAAGAUGUAUUUCAUUCCAUCAGUGCAUAUAUUAUUCCAAAACCACAAUUUAUAUUAAAGUGCACUAUGACAAUAAAUUCUCUUGGGCACAAGAUCAUUGGUUAUCCGAUCAGAAUAGAAAACACUAGGUAUGAGCGCAAUAUGUACAUCUUCAAUCUGUGCUUUGUGUGCGACAGCUGGUCUAAAACGGUUCAGUAUGAGCCAGUCGUUAAGAAACUUGGUGAAUACCUGGUUUUGAUGGAGGAAGAGACGGGAUUCGUGUCAAAAGGGUCGAGCAGACUUCCCACGCUGCUUGCUCACCUGUUCCACGAUCUCAAUACGUAUCACAGGGCGACCCUCGCGGAGGGUGACACUGCGGUGCGCCUGCUGGUGGGUCAGCCGCGCGCUUCUCCCCCACCGGUGCAUGACCACGACGUGCCCGUGCCCGUGCUCCGAGUCGCACCACCUUCGCCGCCGCCGACGCCCACGUCCAGCGACGAGCCGCACCUGGAUCCGGACGCCGACUGGGACCUCACGACCGCCCAGCUGCUGCCUCACAUCGACGGCUACAAUCACGUGUCUAAGAUCGCGGCCGAUGCCGACGUCGAGAAGACGCUGGUCAAGUCCUGCAUACGGAACCUCCUCUACUAUGACGUAGUGAGGUUGGUGCCGGUUCUCAAGUUCAGCAACACGUACCGGGCGACGCCUGCCCUUUCGCGCUUCUUCCGGGAUCCCGAGCUGCAGGCCGCCUGUCUGGCCUACGCCGCCCCUUCCGCGCGCCGACAGACGGCUCUACGGGACGUCGGACGAAUGCUGUGUUCGCUGCAGCAAGGCAGCCCUCUGCGCGGCGUUUGUGAGCGCUGGGCGGUCGUCGCGCCUGACGUCGACGUGCGACGUCUCGUCGUCUUCGCGCAGCUGCACGGGCUCAUACGUUGCAUCAAGAGGUAUCCGUUGUGGAGAGGUUCGGAGGGACCGGGGGCUCCGGGCGGUCCAGGAGGUUCGCCCACCGACCUCCGGCGCUUAUUUACUGGCGCUCUCUGUGAGGACGAAAUUUGCUGCCGCGCGAGACUCGACCUGGUCUCGCUGCGGAGGAUCGUAGACGAAGACCCCGACGUGGCCGUCGUGUGGCGGUAG